AAGACAAGGUGAGUCCUGGCCAUUCAGCCAACAUCCAUCCCUACCUACCAUUCAGUCCCCACUUCCAAGUGAUAGGUCGCGCGUGGCUUGGGACCUUGCAACCGAAAAUUGCUGCUACAGUCACCGUAACCAUCAGCAUCACCAUCACAGUCACUGCUGCUGCCAUUGCUGCUGCCGCUGCUGCUGCUGCUGCUGCUACUCCCAUACUUUCUGAUUGCCAAUAUGCUCUGAUGAGAAAUGUGCACACUUGCCUAAUCUACCAUGAGAUCUGUGUUUAACACAUAGAUGGGGGAGAAAAAGACCACACUGUGUGACGCUGUUGUUACUGUCAACAUUUCUCAUAAACUAAAUUAUCAUGCAGUUAUCAAUGGUUCAAAUCUUAGCCAGGGUACUUUCAGGUGAUAAGAAAAACAUAAGGAAAUAAUAUUCAAUAUCAUAAACAUGCUGUAGGUUACAAAAAAAAAACACAAAAAAAAAACAAAAGAAAAAAAAACAAAAAAACAAUUAUACAUAUAUAAAUAAAUAUAUUAAGAUAUAUAUAUGUAUUUAAAUUUUUUUAACCUGUAUAUAGAUGCUGCAAAAUUGUAAUAUAUAUAUUAUAAAAAUACACACAAAGGUUUAUACAACUAUAUAUACAUAUAUGUUUAAAUAUAUGUAUAUAUUUAAUUACAUACUUACACAAAUGUAUGUAUAUACAUAGAUAUAAAAUAUUGUAUCAUUAUUUUUAUUUAACGUUAUCCAUUUCUACAAAACAUAUUUAUAUAUAUACUUAUAUCUAUAUCCAUUUAUCUAGCUAUACAGAUACAUAGAUAUAGAUAUAUAUAUAUAUAAAAUAUAUAUAUAGAUAUAUAAUAUUUAUAUAUAUUGUGUGUGUGAUACCACUACGAACAACAUUGAUGGUGGACGAUUGGGUUAUCAAGACUAUGUAUGCUACAAAACGACGACGGAGGACGGUUAAAAGUGUGAAGCCCCCAGUGAAAGAUCCACCAAAAAGCAAUCCAAGUAAGCGCCAUCGGGAAAGACUGAAUGCCGAAUUGGAUCAUCUUGCAAGCCUAUUGCCGUUUGAACAGAGCGUGAUCUCAAAACUUGAUAAACUUUCCAUCCUCCGCUUGGCAGUUAGUUAUCUGCGGAUCAAAAGCUAUUUUCAAGCAGUGUUACCUGACCGUUAUUCCAUAGAGAGCCAUUUAUUGAACCGGUCACACCUCUUCCCAGAGCCUGGCUUUUCAGAAGGAGACAGUAUUUUACAGGCUCUAUAUGGAUUUCUGUUUGUUGUAACCUGUGAAGGAGAGGUUUUCUUCGCUUCCCGCACUGUGGAACAAUACCUCGGAUUCCAUCAAUCCGACAUCAUUCACCAGAGUGUUAUGGAGUUGAUUCACUCCGAAGACAGAGAAGAAUUCAAGCGCCAACUGCUGUGGAACUCAAGUCUUCCUCCAGACAAGACUAACCUUACACUGCACGAAAUAAUGCUUCCUGAGAACAAUCAUUAUUUACACCGGUCUUUCACAGUUCGGUUCCGCUGUUUAUUGGACAAUACAUCUGGCUUUAUAACAUUAGAAAUUAGUGGCUGGAUCCGUAUUCUCCAUGGGCAAGCUUUGAAAUCUGAAGAACCAAUGAUGGCUCUAUUUGCUACAUGUUGUCCAUUUGGACCCCUCUCCUUGUUUGACAUUCCAUCACGAGAUCUCACAUUCAAAUCAAAACACAAAAUGGACCUUUCACCCUUGUCCAUGGACAGCAGAGGGAAAAUGAUGUUUGGUUAUUCAGAUAGGGAACUGGUGACCAAGUCAGGGUAUGACCUGGUGCAUCCUGAUGACCUCUCAUACUUUGCAGCUGCACAUCAAGAAUUGAUUAAAACUGGGAGCUCGGGAUUGAUAGCUUAUCGUUGGAUCAUGAAGGAUUUGAGAUGGCUUUGGCUUCAGUCAAGCUGUAAAGUGGUAUACAAGAACAGCAAACCUGAUUUUGUCAUUUGUACACAUAGACAACUCACAGAUGAUGAAGGGCAAGAUUUAUUCGGCAAACGUGGGAACGAAUUUAAGUUGCCGUAUCCGCUGCUGGACUUGGAUAUUUGUUCAGGACCUGGUUUCCCCGAAGACGAUUUCCUUACGAAAACGAAAUCAAGUAAGAGUAAGAAGCAGAAAUCUCAAGUACGGGACUAUCUUCAGGCAAGUCGCAAAAGGAAAGCCACCACAUACAGAGAUGCUUUCCCCGCCCUCAACGGCUACGCAUCAUUCUCUAGCUUGAAUGGUUAUGGCGCAUGUGACGGUGCCGAAUUGAAGCCCGACCUUUUUUACUCGUAUCCGGGCAACAACUUUGCUUUGGACUCUGACAUCUACCGUUCCCAUGGUUACACUCCCCUCACAAGCUCCGUCUACUCAGCGACAGAUCCGUUUGCUGAGAAACACUGUUACUCAAAUGGUUAUUAUUUCGAUCACAGACAGUACCAGCAUCCAUUGUCAUACCACAGUAACAGCUAUGCUGACCUGGUGGCUCAGACGAAGUAUAGCUACGACAUUCCCAAAUAUGGCUUCGACAGCUAUAGCAUAGACCUUAGCAAGAAGGUCCAUUUCGGUGAAGAUUUUUCCCGCUUUGAUAACGACUAUCAUCGUAAAUAUGGUUACGAAUAUUCUACUGAAAGAAUCCCACCUCGAAUCAAUGGUAAUUUCGACUCGAUGGAGUACCGCUCGACGGCUGUUUUCAACAAUGCUCCUCUGCUUGGUUGUGCCGACUCUUGCACGGCAGGGGGAGCAGUGUCGUCUCCCACCUGCUUGCCGACUGCUUCCAUAUAUAAAACGCCCCUCAACGAAAGCAGUCAACAGCAGCAACAACAACACCAGCAGCAGCAGCAACACCAGCAGCAACAACAGCAUCAACAACAACAACAACAGCAGCAGCAGCAACAACAACAACAACAGCAUCAACAUCAGCAACAACAACAACAGCAACAACAACAACAACAACAACAACAGCAACAGCAGCAGCAGCAGCAACAAGCUUCAGUACCGAAGACAUCGUUGAUAGAAACGAAAGCGAAAAACUCUGCGAGUACAAUAGAGAGUCAUAACAUUUUGCCGCAUAACACGGUCAUCAAAAACAUUGGACACCCAACUCACCUCAGUAACACACAUUCGGACAGCUCUGACCAACAACAACAACAAUCAUCACAGCAGCACCAUCAGCACCAUCAUCAUACACAACAUCAACAGCAACAAAACCACCACCAUCAACAGCAGCAACAACAAGUACAACAACCACACCAUCAACAACAACAUCACCAGCAUCAUCAACAACAACAACAACAACAACCACAGCCACAACAAACACAGCAACAACAACAACAACAGCAACACAGUAGCAAUACAACAAACCUGUACAAGAGGACAAAUGUCAUAACAAGUAACUCCUCAGUGCUGCCGUGGACAUCGUGUGAGAAAUCCGCUCAUGUCCUCAAACAGAAUAUGGUCAGUACUGCCCCGCUGGAGCACCGACCUGACCCAACGAACCAACAUAAGACUGUUAUAGCUGACAUAAACUCAAACGAAAAAGUGACUUUAUCCCCCGGAGUCAUGUUAGCUAGCCUACCCACAUCGAGUCCCAUCACAGGCUCGACUCCUGCCUCAGUCAUUCAAUUAUCCGAGAAAGCCAAUCACAACAGACUCUGUGAGAAGCAGGCAAUCAUGAGCAGCAUCCCGGUUCCUGUUGUGAAAUCGUCUGCUUCGACGUCGCCAUGGAUACAGCAGUAUGUCGGCCGGCACAGCACGGUGGGUUACGGCUGUCUCAAAGACUGGGCCUCGUCGGUUGCUAGUGUUAGUGAUAGUUACCCCUGCCACCAGAAAAUACAACAGGGUUUAAUUCCAGGGGACACAUAUUCUCAAGCAGCAAAAGUAGGGUAUUAAAAGAAAAUUCCAAUGAAUCAGACACCAGAUGACAGAGAAGACUGAAUGAAAUAGAUUUUUAAAAAUUAACUUCUUUUUUAUCUUGCCUACUGUCUAUCCAUCUAUCUAACUAACAUCUAUCACUUCUCUCUCUAUCUCUCUGCCUCUCUAACUACACUUAUCUAUUCACUUCUCUCUCUCUUUCACCCUCUAUCUAUCUAUCUAUUUAUCUAUCUAUCUGUAUGUCUCUGUCUAUCUAUCUAUCUAUCUAUCUAUCUAUCUAUCUAUCUAUCUGUCUAUCUACCUGUCUGUCCAUUUAUCUAUUUGUCUCUCUGCCUGUCUGUCUGUCUGUCCAUUUACCUUUCCCAUGAUCACUGUUUAUCCUUCUCUGAUUGUUUAAAUAUUUCCCUCCCUCCCCUCUACCUUACACUCCAUCCAUCUUUUUCAUCCCAGCCUCCUUCUCCUUCCUCCAUUCUCAGCACAAUCCCUAACCUGCUGUUAUAAGCAGUAGGCUCAGCAACUCAUAAAUUGACCAGUCCCCUGGGACAAGCUCUACUCCACAUCAAUUGGCCAGACUAACAUUGUAGUCAUCCUUCUGACAAAAAUGACCAAAUUGAUUAACUCAAGAAUAAUAUUUGUCCAAAGGAUUCUCGUUGAUAACACUUUGCUUUUGACACCAGAGAUAUCCGUUCUGUCGGCUCUUUGCGCAGAUCUACGUGCAAGCGGUAUGCGUGUGUUUCUGCUCUCACACACGUUUAUGUAUAUCAGUAUGUUGGUAUGUAUAUGCAUACGGACAUACAAACAUAAAUACACACACACACACACAUGUAUGCAUGUGUAAGUAUAAAUUGGUAUAUACAUAUGUAUAUGUUCAUGUAUGCAGUAUAGCAGUAUAUAAGUUUGUGCACACACUCACAUUUUUAUAUACUCAGGUCGUGUGUGUGUGUGUGUGUGCGCACGAAAUUCUAUAUAUGUAUACAUACACACACACACACACACAUAUAUAUAUUGAUAGAUAGCAUGAAUAUGUAUGUGUGUGUGUGUGUGUGUGUGUGUGUGUGUGUGUGUGUGCAUGUUAGGAGCUGGGAGGUAUGUGUAUAUACAUACAUAUAUUAAUAAAUAUGUGUAUAUGUAACAUAUACCAGAAAGAAAAAGUCUGAUGAAUAUAUAGAGAGGAGAGAGAGAAAGAGAGAGGAUGUCCUUGUAAAAUAUACUUCCGACUUUCUAUUUCUUCUGCAAUUCCCCCUUCUCCCCCCUUUCCCCCAUCAUUGUCCCUUAUCUACCUCCCCCUCCCCCAAUAUCAUCAAAUUCAACUGGAUCAGAAAGGUGAAUGUUCAGGUGAGUUCACAGUCACCCCCUUCUCUCUCUCUCUCUCUCACCUUGUCUCUCUCUCACCUUGUCUCUUUCUCACCUUGUCUCUCUCUCUCUGUGUCUCACCUUGUCUCUCUGUCUCACCUUCUCUCUCUCUCUCUCACACCUUGUCUCUCUCUUUCUGUCAGGCAAUUCUCCCUUACGUUUGUGUGCAUGUAAAUACACACACACACACACACACAUUCCCACAUGUAUACAGGAGUGCAGGAAUGGCUGUGGGGUAAGAAGUUUAUUUCCCAUCGCUAUGCUUCUGGGUUCAGUCCCACUAGAUGGCAUUUUGGGCAAAUGUCUUUUGCUAUAGCCUUGGACCAAUCAAAGCCUGGUGAGAGGAUUUAAAAACUGAAAGAAGCUCAUCAUGUAUAUAUGUAUAGGGGUGAGGUUGUUUGUGUGCCGUUAUUCUCCACCACCACUUGACAACUGGUCUUGGUUUGUUUGCAUCCCUGUAACUUUGCUUUUGGCAUAAGAGAUCAAUAGGAUAACACUACCUGGCCAUUUUGUUAAAUGGAUUCAAAAGAAUCAAGGCAUAUUGACCUGUAGGAUGCCAGAAAUGGCUAAGAAUUCUAACACAGAGCUCCCAUUGAAAUAAACAACACUGAAAACAUCAAGUGUUGGUUUGUUGGUAGAAAACUAUAGAAAUGCAAUCUACUUUAAACUAUAGAUCCAACUCAGGGCAUAAAAAGUAGACACAACCACCAUGUGUGUUUUUAUAUAUAUACAUAUAUACACACACAUAUAUAUAUAUACAGACAGAAGGAGAAUAGUAAAGCAAGCAUAGUCUAGUCAGUAAGUAGUGCCCAGAAAAGCUUGAUCUUUAGCUUCCAACUCUUCUAUCCAGGACAGGUAGCAUCAGUAUAGGAAGUCGACCAUAAGUAUGAUGUAUGGUAAGCACUUACAAAGUAGACGAACCAGAUAAACAGGUGAAAAAUAAGGUGUGUCUUUACAUGGGAAGUUGUGAAUACAAAUAAAUUUUAAAAAAUGGAGGUAAAAGUCUUACUUUACAUCUGUUUCGGAUGAACAGUGACUGAUGCCAUCAUCAUGUAUAUUAUUAGGUUAUAAAGAUACACAAAGUUGCAGGUUUAUGAAAUAACACAAAUCUUAGAGGACCACCAGUUGGUCUAUGCAGGAGUUUGUGUGUCUGUGUGUGUUACACAAUAACAAUUCCUUCUUGAAUUUGCUUUUACAAACUUGUUUCUAUUUAAUUUCUUGAUUCUUCUUCUUCUUCUUCUUCUUCUUCUUCUUCUUCUUCUUCUUCUUCUUCUGCAUCUAUCCAUCCUCCUCUUCCUCCUCCUCCACUUACUCCUUCUUCUUGUCCUCCACCCAAUCCUCAAUCUUCUUCUUCUUCUUCUUCCUUCAUUUACUUCCUUUCUUUCUUCCUUCACUUCUUUCUCCUCCUCCUUCUCCUCCUUCUACAAUCAUCCCAGACUUAAACAGUUUCCUCAAUGUUGACGCAAUUCAUAAAGAACCAACAAAAAAAACAACAAACUAAUACAGAAGGAAAUC